AGCGCAGUGACGUUUUGGCGACACCAGCUCUGCUGGAGACCUCAAACCUUCUGCACACUAACACUACCUACCUACUCCCCACCGUCUUGUCAUACCUACCUCCCUACCUACUCGUCCUCCUAUCGCUCAAUCGAAUAAGCGACUAUCCUCGCGUCACUACCGUAUCCAACUACCUGGCUCACCAAGCAUCUCCAGGGUUGCUUACUUGCUCCUAGCUGAUAAGAGAGUGCUCACUUGGCAUCGCCGGUCCUUCCGUACGGAUCGCGACGCACUCCCCGACUACUCUCCUCCUCGUCCAUCGCCACUCGAGAAGCGCCCGUCGAUACAGAUAAUACCCGCCCGAGACUGCCUGGGAAGCUUCAGCAAAGGCGAGAAGAACUACUUCACGCCGCUCUCUCGGCUUCGGAUCCUCGAGAGGAAGCUGAGUGUGUUUGUAGCGGCCACCCAGUGCGGGCCGAAACCAGAAUGGACGCAUCCUCGGGCGCUGACCCGAGAGACGUGGGAGACGCGGAUACCCCAGCGCGGGCACAAGCUACAAAUGUUGUCGGUUCCUCUUCACUCGGCUCUCACCAGUCCGGUCCUCCACAGCGUUCACCCUCGUCGUCCAGCAUAAACAAAGCGGCGCACCGCCAGAGCUUCGCCGAAAAUCUCCGCAACAUGCCUCCAUCGCCUCGACAUCGGCACCCAUCCUUGACCCAAGCUGCGGUUCAGGAUCUCAUGAACCACCCACCCUCGGGCAGCAAGCAUACCAACCCCCGAUUUGCUGGGCGAGACUGGCGCGAUAUCGCCAUCGGGGAGCUGACCUCUCCCGACGACAUUCGCUGGAUCGACAUGGACAGUAGCGUUGAGGAGGCGACUAUCGCACUUCUCAAGAGCAAAACCAACGUCGUUCUCAUACGAGAGGAUGCGUCGUCGACCACCGCCAUUUCCACCUUUGACUACAGCGAUCUGAACGCCUACCUUCUCGUGGUGGUUGGUCUGUCUCGGCCCGAUGGUGAGCAGCUGCAGCUUUUCAAUCGCAUCAUGAGCACUGCCCAGCAAGGAGGCCGGAUCGCCCUCCGAGAGAUCCAACCCAUCUGUAGGCAGGACCCAAUUGUCAACGUCGUGUCCACGAGUAACCUUGCGCACGCUAUCGAGAUACUCGGGAGCGGAAUCCACCGAGUUUUGGUUACCGGGGCCUCCGGUUCUGUGGUGGGGGUCCUCAGCCAGCUUCACAUGGUCGACUUCUUCUGGAACGAGGGAGUCAACUUCCCAACCAUUGAUCGUCUGUACCCGGUGCUUCUUCGCGAUCUCGCCAUCGGGACACACAAGAUCAUAUCGGUGAAUUCCGACGCGCCUCUCUCGGACGCCUUGAUACUCAUGAAUGACGAAGGCCUCACAAGCAUUGCCGUGGUUGACAACGGGCAGAACGUGGUUGGCAACAUCUCAUCCAAAGACGUCCGUCAUUUGACCACCACAUCGAGCGCACCCCUACUCAACGAUUCAUGCAUGCACUUCAUCUCCGUCAUUCUAAACGAGAGGGGUGUGGAGAAGGGGCAGGACACACUCCCUGUAUUUUACGUGAACCCGUACUCGACUCUGGCUCACACGGUAGCGAAACUCGUUGCCACCAGGUCACACCGAAUGUGGGUUGUGGAAUCUGCAUCACCGUCACCGUCUGCGCCAGCAACACCGCUGAUGGGACCGCAAACCCACGUGAGCGGUGCCCCGCCGUCGAACCAGGCGCCGCCGUCCCCUGUGCCAACCGUCGCAGUCCCAGCCUCAGCUAUGGCCGGAGCGCGCAUCUCUGGGAAGCUGAGCGGCGUCGUCUCUUUGACAGACAUUCUCAACAUGUUUGCCAAGUUCAGUGGGUUGCAUCCCUCGGAUCCGGGGGAGCAAAGGGCCAGACGUCGAAGGAGCUCGAGCAGUUCGGUGCGGCCGAGCUUGGAGUCGUCUCGGGCAAGCAUUGAUGUUCGCCGGUAGCGAGGACUUGAUGAGCUGGGGUUCCGAGAAGUGAGCAUGUCAAGGAGCGCGGGCGGGGCACGCUUCGCUGCGUAACCGUCUCGCUCAGGCAGUACCGUGCUGAGGAAGACUGUCGACGAGAGUUGUGCUAGUUGUCAUGCCAGACAAACUCGACGACUUGCUAACCCCUUCCAUUUGGUUGACUUACCCGCGCAGUUUAGGUCUGCAACGGGAAUAGUCUUAGGACUCUGCACGUAAGCAGGCCCAGCUCUGCAACAGUCGCAAGACUUGGCGGACACGCAGCCAGGGGCAGAUGCUGAAAACGACCGUUGCCCGGGGUAGAAUGUUUCUGGGGAUCCAGGCAGCUCGACCACCCAGCCUGACCGGCGCAGUCGACAGGCCGGAGCGGAAUCUGGAUGACCGGCCGCUGCGGCCCCAAGUUUCCUUGUGUUAGUUAUCGUCGAGUGAGCGACGAGAGGGUGCCAUGUUGUAUGCCUCUCCGCUCGCUGCACUGACGACUCAACACUGUACCUUAGUAUAUUAUUGAAUCGCAAACCCUGCGUGUGGUAUGA